UACAAUUAAAUAACACCGAAAGCGAAAUGUGACGAGGUUUAUGAUGAAACAGUACUGCUUACAACGAAACAAUUUAUGUGUUAUAUAACUGAUAUUGGAAAUUUAUCUUAGGUCUAAAUAUAUCAAGACUCUCUAUGAAAACGAAUUGCACCAGUAUCUGUAAAUCUCUUCCAGUAUUGAACUGGCUCUACCAACAGUUGGACGUCAUUAUAGCAGUAGGCGGAUAAAGGAGCGGUUGUUACUGGUUCAUUUGGAAAUUGUGAUUAGUCGUAAAGCCAGGAAUCAUGAACGUAUCUCAUACCAACAACAAUAUCUCGGACCUCACAAAUGUGACAAGAAACGUCAAGAACACUUAUGCUGUCGGUGCAACAAUAAUUUCACCUACAUUAAUGUUCCUUGCCGGUGUUGGCAGCAACAUACUGGCUCUCACGAUAUUAUACCGCCGGCGGUGUGAUCUCAGAACUGUAAAGUUUUAUAUCUUGGCCAAGGGCCUGGUUUGGACAGAUUUGUUGGGCAUAAUUUUCACAACACCAUCUGUUGUAGCUGCGUACGUAAAUAGAGGGUGGACAGGGGGUAACGUUCAUUGUAGCUUCCAUGGCUUCACUAUGACAUGUUUUGGACUUGCAACGCCAUUAAUAAUUUGUGCAAUGGCGAUUGAACGCUUUAUGGCUGUCAAGUGUGUUUUCUUCUACUCAAGUCGAUGUAAGAACGAAAUAGCAAAAAGAUGUAUCGUUCUUAUCUGGAUGUUUGUAGUCGGUUUUGGAAUCUUGCCGUUUAUCGGAGUUGGUCUGUUUACAAAGCAAUAUCCGGGAACGUGGUGUUUUCUUGACUUUCAUUCGCAUAACAUACUAGUGAAAAUAUACCCAUUUCUUUAUGCAUGUAUAAACAUUAUUCUUAUACUACUGAUGAUAGUUUGCAAUUCGUUUGUUGUGUGCUGCUUAGCACAAAGAAGAUUUUUGCGGAAACAAAAACGGAGAAGAUUUGUCAGUACAAUGGCAUCCAUGACAACGAUGGAAAAUGAGGCGCUUACCGUAUCGAGCCAGCAAAAACAAAAGAAACGGUCCAUGGACGUGGAGAUCUACAGUAUUAUAUUCCUGUUUGCUCUAAGCUUAGUGUUCGCUAUAUGCUGGGGACCGUUUAUGAUUCAAAUUUUGCGCACCUUGAUUACGGAAGAGGCGGAUGUGAUUUUGGACAUUGCAGCGGUUCGACUUGCCAGUCUCAAUCAAAUACUCGACCCUUGGUUGUAUAUUUUGUUCAGGCGAUCAUUUUUAGCAAAGAUCAGAAGAAGUCUAACCGCAAUGAAAAACUACUGUUGUUAUGUUUCCAACACUGGUGACGAUACAGAUGAGCAAAGGGUCGAGAGUGUUGUUAGUGCUAAAAAUAUUUCACGUAAUGGCAUUCGUGAUAUCCACGAAAACACUGAUAACAAUAGAACACAAGAGGGUGAGGUGUUUAAAGGAGAUGCUUUAAAGCCAUCUGAAAAACGUGUGGUUACAAAUCCGUUAUGUUCAGUCGAUGAAACAAGAGAAACUCCACUGACUAUCAACAGCUCUGCCAACAACAGACGCUGUAUUUGUGAAAUGUAUUUUAAAACAGCACCGCAACCUGAACAGUGCGGUGAUGGAAUCUAUGUGAAGGUGUACUAUUUCCCUUCAAGCCCCUCCCUUAUGUAUUACACUCCGGAACGUACCGACGAAAGUUCAAGAAAACUACAAAAAUCCAAAUCUCUGCAGUAA